CUCUCUCUUUCUCCUGCAUCUCUCCUCCACGCAUCCUCCUGCCUGCGCUGCACGCUUCGCCUCUUUAAAUUCGCACUAAACUCUAUUUGCAUUGUACUUCGCCCUUUGGAUACACUGCUGGAUUUUUUUGUGCAGAGCUUGCUGUGUGCUGUGCGCUCCUCGGAGACCAAACAGUAAAGGAUGGUCGGUCAGCAGAAGUGUUGGGACGCUUUUCUCGUCCCGCUGCCAACCUUUUAAUCGCUCUGGGGCCAAAUAAACCUCGCUGACAGAGAAAUUAGUCCACCUCUCUUGUUUUUUUUCCUCCCUCUCUCCUUUUCCAUCUCCUUUAUACACUACCCACGCGCGGAUGGAGGUGACGCUGUGCAGAAUUGAUGCCAAAUAGUAAACAAGUGUAAAUCUGCGGAGAAGUUUGACUGCGCAUCGUCUUGUGUGGAAUGGGAGAUGGAAUGUGCUACUGCUUUGCAAUGAGCCGACUGUGGGUCUGUGUCCUGCUUGUGAGCAUCACCUGCCGUCUGAGCCUCACCCAGGAAGUAGCUGGAUCUUCCAAGGAGGCCGAAAUAAAUGACAAUAUCACCAUCUUCACACGCAUCCUGGAUGGACUGUUGGAUGGAUAUGACUACAGACUCCGCCCUGGACUGGGAGAAAAGGUGACAGAGAUCAAAACCAACAUCUUCGUCACAAGCUUUGGUCCGGUUUCUGACACCGAGAUGGAAUACACGAUUGACGUGUUCUUCCGACAAAGCUGGAAAGAUGAGCGACUUUGCUUUAAAGGCCCGAUGGAGAUGCUUGCCUUGAACAAUCUUCUUGCCAGCAACAUCUGGACUCCGGACACUUUUUUCCUCAACGGGAAGAAAUCCAUCGCUCACAAUAUGACGACGCCAAACAAGCUGCUGCGGCUGCAGGAUGACGGGACUCUGCUGUACACCAUGAGACUGACUAUAUCAGCAGAAUGCCCCAUGCAGCUGGAGGAUUUCCCAAUGGACGCCCAUGCCUGCCCCCUUAAAUUCGGAAGCUAUGCGUAUCCGGUCUCAGAGGUGGUCUACACCUGGACUAAGGGUGCAGCCAAGUCAGUGGUGGUGGCAGAGGAAGGCUCUCGACUGAACCAGUACCAUCUGAUCGGUCAGUCUGCAGGAACAGAAGACAUCUACACCAGCCGAGGUCAAUACACGGUGAUGAUGGCUCACUUCUACCUGAAGAGGAAGAUCGGCUACUUUGUCAUUCAGACCUACAUGCCCUGUUUCAUGACUGUGAUCCUGUCACAAGUUUCUUUUUGGCUGAACCGUGAGUCUGUUCCUGCACGGACUGUCUUUGGUGUGACCACAGUGCUCACCAUGACCACUCUCAGCAUCAGCGCUCGAAACUCGUUGCCUAAAGUGGCUUACGCUACAGCCAUGGACUGGUUCAUCGCAGUGUGCUACGCCUUCGUCUUUUCAGCCCUCAUUGAGUUCGCCACAGUGAAUUACUUCACUAAGAGGAGCUGGGCCUGGGAUGGAAAAAAGGCAAUGGAGGCCCAACAACCCAAGAAAAAAGACCCUCUGGCUCUGUCUAAAAAGCCCAACAACACCUGUUCAGCUGGAGUGAAUUACACAGCCAACCUAACCAAGGAUGCAUCCAUCUCUACUAUUUCAAACAGCACGGCUGUUCAGCUAAAAGCCUCCGAAACCAAGGCCCCAGACCCCAAAAAGACUUACAACAGCGUGAGCAAAAUCGACAAGAUGUCCAGAAUAGUGUUCCCGGUGCUGUUUGGGACCUUCAACCUGGUCUACUGGGCCACGUAUCUCAACAGGGAACCAGUGAUCAAAGGAGCCGAGUAAGCUCUGCCAUCAUUCAUCUUCCUGACCACCGCUUCAGGAUAUAAUAACUGGAUCCCAUCAAAUUCUAAGCCAAGCACUUAGUCUUUGUAUCAUAGCUGUGGAUUUUUAUAUUAUCAAAGUACAGAUUUUCCACUACCAUAUAUUCUUCUCUGAUUCCGAUUACACGACCUGAAUCUGCAAACUGGCCAGUUCUGGGUACCAAUCUGAUACAAGACCAAGCUAUAUUCAACUAACCCUAUUUAUCACCUUGCUAAGAGAUUGAAUGUCAGCUCAUUUUCUUUCAU